CAUUGUAUGUAUAGUCAAUGUAUUAUCCAUUAUGUAGAGAGAAGACUCUUACUUACAUAGUGAUAUUAUCAGAACCUACUUCUUAUCACGUAUAUACUGUAGCGGUUAUAGCCACGGACUAAGAUAUAUCUUGGUCCGUGGUUAUAGCUGUUAUAGGUAUAAUCAAAUUUAUGAAAUGUAGCUAGUUUAUUUAACUAUAGAAUCCAUUGAAUCCAGAAGCAGAUUGCACCUUGUUCGUUGCACAUGCAUUUAUUACGCUCCGCUAUGUGCAACGAUACCGUUUUUAUCAUCGGUCUAAAUGUGACAAAUUUAUUACGUAAAGAAAAUAAUGAAAAAUAAAAUCGCUAUCAACAACUAAUGCUACAAGUUGCAACCCGAAAGUGCGUCCAAUACGCGUUUUGAAAGUGUAAAAUAUUAAUUAAGUAGAUACCAAAUUGUUCGUUAAACAACAAUAUCGUUUGUCCACAGAAUAGAUACAAUCGGAAAGGACACUCUAGAUGUAAGCAAAAUCGCGACGGAUUGGCGGCCAUCUUCCUAACAGGAAAAAUUCUUAUCAGUUAUCAUUAUUCAUUUGAUAAACGUGUUUUCAUUUAUUCAAAACAUUAAAUUUUAAAUCUUUUAAGUUUAAAUUUUUACAGUUUUUACUUGUUAAACAGCAAAUUAACUUUGUAUUUUUGUGUGUUUGUUUAUUUAUUUUAUUUGUGCAAGUUUAAACUUCAAAACCGAUAAUGAAUAAUACUAAAAUAUCGACUGUUAAAUGUGUGGUAAACAAUUGUGGUAAUAAAAUGUCUCAAAAUCAUGACUAUAGUUUUUUCACUUUUCCUAAAAAUGAUCCUAUCAGAUGUGCAAAAUGGAUUGAAAAUUGUGGUCUAUCAAUUUCAAUAGAUAAUGUUAUUAAAAAACGUUAUAGCGUCUGUGGGAAGCAUUUUGGAAAAAAUAUGUUCCUGAACGACUUAAAAAACAGACUUCAGCCACAUGCUAUACCUGUAUUAUUUAUCGAUAAAACCCAGGGACUACUUCCAAGGCAGAUAAAUUUUGAAAAUACUAUUUCAACCUAAACUAAAGCGUCAACUUCCUCUAUCGUUGAAGUCUUAGCAUCUCAAUUGGACAAAGAUGAUUCUUCUGAUGGUGUACAUUUAGAUCUUCCAUCAUCAACUGUACAGGAUACGCCUACACUUCUUUUUUUCAUAAAGACCUUAAAAUAUCUAUACUGACUGUACUAAUUACUAAUGAUUAUUUGUUUGCAUAACUAAAAAAUAUGUAUGUAUAAAAAUUUGAUUGUAAAUGUGAUACUAAUCAAAUUGUGAAAAGUGUGUCUAAUAAAUUAUUAAAUGAAAAAUGUAUACUACUUACUAAUUAAUUGUUGUGGUGUUUUGGUUUUAAUUUGUGGUUGGUUUGAGGUUUUUUUUUUAAAGACCUAAUAGAACAUGUAAAUUUAUAAUAAAUAUUAUACCUACAGGUAUAUAAUAUGUAAGUAAGUGGUAUACUAGUGAUGCCAUAUAUUUACUCCAUAUAUUUUAAUUUAUUUUAAUUUAUUUCAAUAUUAAUUAAAUACUAAUAAUUAUAGUGUAUACUAAUUUAAAACAAUAGGUUUAGUUUUAUAGAAUGGUCACACUGUUGGCCUGUUGGGAAGAUAGCCGCCACGAUUUUCGUUCGGCCUAUGCUGUAUG